CGACAGACACGCCGCAGUCGAUCCGUUCGAGUCCGUUCCGCUCCGUUCUUGCCGCUCCGAACCGGACGGAUCCGUAACCCCGCCCGUGGGGAUCCGUAACUCCGCCGGAAUUAAAGCUGCUUAGAGCCAAAGAGCUAGAGAGCCUGACCGACCAGGUGGUCAACUAAUCCGUAGUUAACUCAACUAACCCGCAGUUAGCUGCUUGGUGCCUGGGUUUCCCUCUUUCUGUGCGUGUGUGUCUGUGUCUGUGUACAGUGGCAAGCGGCAAGUGGCAAGAGUUGAGGGGGCAGCAGUACGUGUCACCAUCAGAGUUUUCCGAGUGCGCCGGGUAACGCGAGACGGGAUAUUCGGAAAACAACCUGAAAUCCAUUUGCCGCAAUUUGAGAAACCAGCGACAACAACAUGUGUAAACGCUAACGAGCGCGAAAACGCGAACAUUUUGAUUGAUUUUUGAUUGACAUGCCACUCAGCGCAUGCCACCCACCUCGCAAAGUGACAAGGGAAGAAUAACAGUGGGGGCUGCGAUAAAAUUAAAACAAACAAGAAACAACAAACUUGAGGAGCACUCGCUGCAACAUGUAUUCACUAAAAAGUCAAACAAAAUAUUGAAACGUUGUAAGCGAUUUCGGGUCUACAAAAUAAUUGCUUCAAGGGCUGUCGGCGAAAGUGCCAACGCAAACAGCAAAAAAGUAUAUGUAUGCCACAAACAAAAUGCAAUCAAAUCAAGGCCCAUAAAAACCGAACAAGGAAAAUCCAGUUGGACAAAAAAUCAAACAAAGUAAUAAUAAAAAUCCACAGCAUCAGGCGGCUAAUCAACUACAAUAUACAUAUAAAAAAAACGCUGAGUUUGGCAACUGUUUUUCUGGCUUCUCGGUUGGAUUCCUACUUCCUACUUCCUUGCUGUGUCAGUGUAGUGGUGUCUUUUAUUUGUAUGUAUAUAUGUUUCACGUAUGUUUGUGCCCGGCUAUGAAAAAAGGAUAAAAUAUGCCCACAUUGAUUUCCUCCUGCGACAACAGCAACAACAACACCACCAUCAUCAUUAUCGGCUAAACAACAAAGGCAACAUCCGUAAUAAGAAUCAAGGCGAAAAAGUUGCAGGAUUCGACGAGGGCAAAGUUUUUUGGACAUUUUCGGUUGCCUUUGGAGCACUAAGCCGCGGAUGAUUAAAACGAUAAAAAGCAAACGGCGUUGAACGAGACACAAAACCAGUUCGACAAGAAGACGCGGCAAAUGCAUUACAUUAUAAUUUCAUUAAGGACACCGGCCUUUCUCUGCCGCCAGUGAAACAACGUAGCCGAGAGAUAAAAGAGAAGUAGCAAGGAAAGAGAAAGAGAGAGAGAGGAGAGCUGGGGAAAGGCGUGCGGAGAAAGUCAGAAAGCCGCAAAAGGCGACAAUAGCCCCCGAGCCCAUUGCCUACUUCUGAGCGCCGUCAAGCGCGAAUCAAGGGCCUGGCAUUUUUAUGAAAUUAAUACAAAGGACGCCGAAGCAGUGAAGGAGUGAAGGAGGCUGAGCCGAGUGGAAGCGGAAGUGGCAGACAUGACAAAAGCGCCAGCGACAGGACAAUGAUGGGCGGCACUCCGAUAGCGAUUAAAGUGGAAGGAGAAGCGCUGCUUUUAUGGCCCCACACUGCUCGAGUAGACGUGACAGCGUCCGAUCGGCUAAUAAUAUUUACCCGCGGAAAGAGCCCGGCUGCAUAAUUUGACAUGCCAACGUGAGCCAGCUGGCGAAAAUUGUUUACCCAAGUGCUUCACAGGCAGAGCGAAGAAAGUACGAGCAAGUACCAAACAUAGAAGGAUAGAAGGAUCUCUGAACCAAGGACUCAGCCCAGCCGGAGGCACUUGAGACAAUGAGUGGCCUGCCAAUCUGGAUACCGCUCCUUGCACUUCUGGCCACAACUGCCGCCUGUCCGCCGGAGGUGUGUGUGUGCAAAUGGAAGGGGGGCAAGCAGACGGUGGAGUGCGGGGGCCAGCAGCUCUCCAAUCUACCGGAGGGCAUGGAUCCCGGCACCCAGGUGCUCAACUUUAGCGGCAAUGCGCUGCAGGUGCUGCAAUCGGAGCGGUUUCUACGUAUGGACCUGCUCAAUCUGCAGAAGAUUUAUCUGUCCCGAAAUCAGCUGAUCCGGAUACACGAGAAGGCCUUCCGGGGUCUGACCAAUCUGGUCGAGCUGGAUCUCAGCGAGAAUGCGCUGCAGAAUGUGCCCAGCGAGACGUUUCAGGACUACAGCUCCCUGAUGCGCCUCUCGCUGAGUGGAAAUCCCAUUAGGGAGUUGAAGACCUCGGCCUUCCGGCACCUCUCCUUCCUCACGACACUGGAGCUGUCCAACUGCCAGGUGGAGCGGAUCGAGAACGAGGCCUUCGUGGGCAUGGACAACCUGGAGUGGCUGCGACUGGACGGCAAUCGGAUUGGGUUCAUCCAGGGCACCCACAUCCUGCCCAAGUCGCUGCACGGCAUUAGCCUGCACAGCAAUCGGUGGAACUGCGACUGCCGCCUCCUGGACAUCCACUUCUGGCUGGUCAACUACAACACUCCGCUGGCCGAGGAGCCCAAGUGCAUGGAACCGGCGAGGCUGAAGGGUCAGGUGAUCAAGAGUCUGCAGCGGGAGCAGCUGGCCUGUCUGCCGGAGGUCAGUCCCCAGUCGAGUUACACGGAGGUGAGCGAGGGCAGGAACAUGUCCAUCACCUGCCUGGUCAGGGCCAUUCCGGAGCCGAAGGUCCUUUGGCUAUUCAAUGGCCAGGUGAUGAGCAACGACAGCCUGAUGGACAACCUGCACAUGUACUACUACAUCGACGAGACAAUCGGAAUUAGUGGCGCCGAGGAGAAGCGCAGCGAAAUCUUCAUCUACAACGUGGGUGCCGAGGAUAAUGGUACCUUCUCCUGCGUGGGCCAGAACAUAGCCGGCACCACCUUCAGCAACUACACCCUGAGGGUCAUCAUCAAGGAGCCGCCGGUGGUGAAUGAGGUCUCGUUUCCCAGGGACUACAUGAACUACAUUGUGGCCAGCAGUGCCGGAGGUGGCAUUAUCUUCGUGGUACUCCUCUGCACCAUCGUGGUCAAGUGCAAGAAGACCUCGGAGCCGGCCAAGCAGCGCAAGAAGUGCGAUCAGGUGACGAGUAUUGCCGGUGGCACAGACUCCUCGACGGGAAGUACCCAGGAUACGGGCAUGGGAAUGAUGAAGUGCGCCUCAAUACUGAAUGAUGGCGGAGAUAGCCUGAACGGAAAUGCAGGACUCCUGCUGGGCGAUACAUUGACACCCACCAAGGCGGCGAAUGGGGCAGCUGGCGGCGGCAUUAUCCUGGGCAAUCAGAUGAAGCAGAACCUACUCCUCUACGCCACUCCCAAUCCCGCCCAGCAGCAGCUGCAGCUGAAUGUCAACCUGAUGGGCACUGGACCGGGAUCACCGCCGUUGCUCCUGAGCAAUGGCCAUGGCCUGGCGGCAGCCUACUGCUCUCCACCCGCCUCGCUGCGGAACUACCAGGAGAAGAAUCCGGACUUGGUCAACGAUGCGGAGAGUGUCAAGCACAAGCUGAAGACGGCGGUGAGUCUGGACGGCGCCGGGGAGUACGAGACGCAGAGCGACUGCGGCCAGUACGAGGGCUGCUAUCAGCUGGCGGCCGCUCCCCAUGCGCAUCCGGGACACCAGCACCCACAUCCUGGACAUCCGCUGAUGGGACGCUUCGCCCAGGCGAUGACCACCUUGCCGCGCGGCAUGCAACUGAAGCCGGCUCCCCAUCAAGUUGAUGUUCACCUGAAUCCGGUGUGCUUCCUGGGCCAGGAUGGAUCCUUUGCGUACGACUACAGCAGUGCCCAUCUGGUGCAGCAGCCACCGCAGCAACAGCAACAGCAGCAGCAGCAGCAACAGGUGCAGCCAGCCAACAAUUUCUACCGCACGUUGCCGCACAACAGGUUGCACAAGCAUCAGCAAUUUCAGGCGGCUGCGGCGGCGGGCGGAAAUGUGGGUGUGGGUGGCAAUCCCACCCUGCGCUACAGCCUCGAGGCCGAGUUCAUCCAGAGGGGUCCCACGGUCAGCUACGAGAAGUACCAGCUGCCCAAUGUGCGCUUCACAGCGGAGGGUUAUCCGCAGCAGCAGCAGCAGCAGCAGCAACAGCAGCAGCAACUUCAGCAGCAGCAGCAGCAACAGUUGCAGCUGCAACAUCAGUUCCCCUCGCCGCCAGAGGGCUACAAAAGCGAUUUGGCGGUGAUGCCGGCGCCGUUUCAACAGUGGCCCAGCUGUUUGCCCGGCUACCGCUUCGCCCAGUCACCCACCAGCCUGCCAGCGGUUGCAAAUCCACCACCAGCAGCAGUGGUGGCCGCACCACCACCACCACCGCCCACAUCAGCAGUAAGCACACAAUCCACGGCCACAUCCACCAUUCCGGAGCUGGAUGAAAGCGAGGCGAGUUCGCCGCGCCUCGAGGAAGCCGCCGGCUCUGCAGCGCCACCUGCCGGCGAGGAGGAGAGUUCGGACACCACGAAACUCAAACAGCUCAAUGGCCCCUUGGCCGACAGUCCCGACGAAGGAUACGUGGGCGAUGGCCAGGAAACCAGCGACAUUUGACCCGCCCAGCAGCCGACGGCAGGGGAUGAUGCGGCCUUAGACGAUUCAGUGGCUCUGUAAAUGGCCAGGCUGAUCAGCAAACCACUCAUAGCCUAAGUUCACCCUUCACUUGUAUCCGAACCGCUGAUUUUUUACUUCACUUACAUUUUCCCUUUUCUGUUUGUUGGCUUGCCUCAAAAAACAGAAAAAAAGAAAGCAAAACAAACAAAGGCAGACCCAAGUUUAACCUAAUAAUUGGCUGAAAGAGAGAGCUCCGAAUGCGAGACCGAAAAGAAGAAGGCCCAGAAAACCGAGUAAAGUUUGGGCAGGAACAGGACCUCUCCAGCAAGCCGAUGUUCGAAUGCCCAGUGUAAAAGGAUUAAGUUUCAGUUAGCUUAUGGGAAUGAAGGAGAAAUUCACAAUUUUAAAUUGCUUGAGAUCCAAAGUUGUUAUUGGUUUUCCAAUAAAUGAAUCAAUUUAAGAGCUGCAAUUUUAAAACCAAUUUCUGUAUUUAGUUACUAUUCCAUGAAUUCAUGUGGGGACAACCAAAAUAUCACGACUUUUCCGCAGGACUCUUUGCGUUCAGAGUAUUUGGCAAAACAAUAGGCAGACCUAACCUAAUAAAGCCGAAAAACAAAGACGCCGCUAAACAAAAGCCUCUUGUCGUUGUUUGUUUCUGUUUGCUGCGUGCUUCGAGUGGCAAGCUGGCAGCAUUUUAUUUCCGCUGAUGUAAUUGAAAAACUUUUUCAUUUAAUAUAAAGUUUUCAGCAGCUUCCCCGCAGCACAAUGGCAAGAAGGCAGGGCAAGAACAAAAAAAAAAAAGGGGACGCUAAGAAAUCCCGGGCCUACAUGACUACUAGACAUGUGGUUGUGAGGCGUUUCUAUGUGGGCUAUGUGUGCCGAUUGAGUUGUUGUACGAGUAUUCUCGCAGGCGUUGUUAGUUGACAAUCGACGAGGAAGUCCCACCAUCCACCCCUUUUGCGGAUCCACUUCACGAGGUUCCGAGUCGGUGGCUCACUUCAGAGCCAAGUGGCAUGUGUUUUCGCCAUGGCGACACCUGCUAUCCGUGGCACAAAGGACUCCGGCUCGAGGAGCCGGCUGUUGAACUGUUGAACUGUUGAGCCUUUCAAGGGAAAGGACUAAGUCGAGAAUUCCGGCCGAAAAUCGCGAGUGCCAUCAAGGGCUUCCCCCGCCUGUAGUGUGCUCGCUCUAGUUUAUGAAAUUUUAAUUCGGUCCACAUCCGCUCCAGAGUUGCAUUUAAAUAAUUUAUAGCAUUUAUUUUCCACACAACUUUUCCAAGUCUGAAGCCAACCUUUGUGCUUUGUCCUUCACCCUUCAAACAACAGACACUUCAGAAUUUGAUUUUCCCGCCUUAAGUUUGUUGUAUUGGAUCAAACAGACAUGAACUCGAGUGUUUCCGGGUAUCGUUAAAGUAGAUAUCGUAAAUUAGAUCGGAUAACAUUGUAAGACCUAACUAAAUUUAGGAUAACCCCGUUUGAGACUUGUAUGUAAAUGUAGCCAUAGAAAUCGUGUAAGCAGAGCCCCAGCUUUUCCUUUUAACCUAAAAGUUCUGUAAAGUGUUCAAGACUUUUUCACUGUAACAUAAAUUGAAGAAAAAUGGAUAAAAGCUGAAAUGCUUGCAAAAGUAUUUUAAGAAAACAAAAAAGAUACAAUUAGCAAUAGCUAAAUGCAUAUGAGGGAGUGAGGGCAGAAGCAAUCAUUUAAGCACAAUAUGGAUUAUUGUAAAUUGCAUAAAUAAAUCAUUAGACGUAAGAACAAGGCAAACACACUGAUACUCGGAAUGAUUUGUGUAUGUAGCGAAUGACUAAAUUUUAUUUUCACCAAGUGAGUUAGUUGGCAAAUGCACCAAGAGGAAUAUAGAAGCAUAAACUAAAUUAAAAAACCGAAAAUACAACAAAAACACAUUUUAGCCUAGCAAACUGUUUAAAUCUCAACCCAAACACAGACACACUCAAGGUACAUAUAUUAAACAAAAGAAUUGCCAGCUGGCAAAAUAAUUUUAAAUAUUAUAUGGCAUACACUACAAUAUAAAGAGAAUGUUUAGCAUAAGUUAAUGGUUAGGCAAAUACAAUACACGCAUAAACCUAAUAAAAGGGCCAUAAACGGUAACAGAGAGAUAAAUUCAGAAUGACAAUGGGAAGAAGAACACAAUCUAGUAAUUAAUUAAUUCUCUAAGGUAAAUUAAAAUCGAAAUGCAUAAAGAUAAUAAGAGAAGCAAAGUGUAUAAAAGGAUAAGAGAGAAAUUAAACCGAAUAA